CGAACCCGGCCGACAGCACGCAACCCCCGUACGCACCCUCCUCCCACGUCCCGGCCGCUCCCCACUCCCUACGUUUGAAAAAUCUUAGGUCCCAUUUCAUGAAUCGUUCAGAGUUUCUUUCUUUUAUAUAUAAUAUGUUCUAAUCUAUCAUUGCCGCUGUGAUUACUUUUUCUUGGUUUUGUUUUAAACUAAAUCUUCCCCAACGACCAUCUCACCUUUCAAAAGGGGGUCGGUUCUUCUCUGUCUUCUGCUACCCACCGUUCGGCCGGCCGACGGCCUCAUUGUGAUCGAUCGUAAGGAAAAGGCCAGAAAGAUGAGCGGCGGGGCUGUGGGUGGGAGGCAGGUACCGCCGCGAUCCGGCAGCCACCAGCGGCAAUACUCGUCGGACCACUUCCUCGGCGGCGGCGGCGGCGGCGGCAAGUGGCUUGGUUCCGCCGCCGUCAACAACCCCUAUCCCUCCAGCUUCGCUCCUUCCCAGCAGGUCGAGUACUCGAGGGCGGUGCGGGGCGUGAACAGAGGGACGGACGGGGAGCUCUUCUUGUCGGUGGAGCCCCCGACGUCGGCAUUGGGCUCGUGGUCUUCGAGCCAGAGGAGGAAUGGGAAUGAUUGCAUAUCCGCCGGCCAGCUCAGCCCUGGGAUCUUGGAUCUCCACUCCUUCGACACUGAGCUCCUCCCUGAAAUUCCGAUUCCUGGAUUGUAUGAUGGUGUUCAGCCAUUUGGAUAUGCUCCAGGUAGAGGCUUUGAUGAUUCGGAUCCAAGCUUUUCUGCCAGCAAACAGAUGAGUAUGGCUCAAUUUGUGGGAGAGAGCAAUCCCUUGAGAAGUUUCUCAGCAGACAAAGAGAAGCUGGCCUCUGUCGCUAAGAUCAAAGUCGUGGUGCGUAAGAGGCCGCUUAACAAAAAGGAAAUAGCAAAGAAAGAGCAAGACAACAUCACAAUAGAACCAAAUUCGAACUCUCUUACCGUUCAUGAGACUAAACUGAAGGUUGACCUGACAGAGUAUGUUGAGAAACAUGAGUUUGUAUUUGACUCUGUGCUGAAUGAGGAUGUUUCAAAUGAUGAAGUUUAUCGAGAGACAGUUGAGCCAAUUGUCCCUGCAAUUUUUCAGCGUACCAAGGCAACUUGUUUUGCUUAUGGACAAACAGGUAGUGGAAAGACAUACACUAUGCAACCACUCCCCCUUAAAGCAUCGCAAGAUAUUCUGAGACUUAUGAAAGAUACAUACUGCAAUCAAGGUUUUCAGUUGUUUGUCAGUUUCUUUGAGAUAUAUGGUGGGAAACUCUUUGAUCUUCUAAAUGACAGGAGAAAACUUUGCAUGAGAGAGGAUGGUAAACAGAAAGUUUGCAUUGUGGGUUUACAAGAGCAUAGAGUUUCCAAUGUGGAUGCUAUCGGGGAGCUAAUUGAAAAAGGAAAUGCAACCAGGAGUACAGGUACAACUGGUGCGAAUGAAGAAUCUUCACGAUCUCAUGCCAUUCUUCAGCUUGCUAUCAAAAAGUCAGUAGAUAAUAGUGAAUCAAAGCCACAUCGCAUUGUUGGCAAGCUAUCCUUCAUAGACCUUGCAGGCAGUGAGCGUGGUGCAGAUACCACCGAUAAUGAUAAGCAUACAAGAAUUGAAGGUGCGGAGAUCAAUAAAAGUUUGCUUGCACUAAAGGAAUGCAUUCGAGCACUUGACAAUGAUCAGCUACAUAUUCCUUUCAGGGGAAGUAAAUUGACGGAAGUUCUGAGGGACUCAUUCAUUGGAGAUUCCCGCACUGUAAUGAUUUCAUGCAUUUCUCCAAGUUCUGGCUCAUGUGAACACACUCUCAACACGUUGAGAUAUGCUGAUAGGGUGAAGAGCCUCUCAAAGGGCAGCAACCCCGGGAAGGACCUUCCACCAGCACUGUUAAGAGAGUCAACUUCUUUACCCUUAUCUUCAAUUGUACCACCUGUCACCACCCUUGAGGGCAGCAACGAUGAAAUUGCCAUUGAAAAAAAAUUUGGCUUAUCAAAACAACCUAGAAGAGAGACAUCUCCACCUUUUAAUGUGGAUCGUGUCCCCAACAGGAAGGAGAAGGUGCAGGUGGCUACAUUAAAUGGUGAUUAUUUCAAGGAGCAGGGAAGCAAGGGUUUGACAACUGCAGAAGUGUUUGAUUUAUCUUCAAUGGCAUAUGAGCAGGGAAAAGCUUUGAGGAAAGGGAAAGCAGAUAUCUACUCGGUUUCAUCUUCAGAGGAUAGAGCGAAGAGAGUUGAUGCACCACAUCAAAAGUGGAAGGAUGUGGCUGAUGACGUUGAAGAUGAUUUGAGUGCUCUAUUACAGGAAGAGGAAGAUCUGGUGAUCGCACAUCAGAAACAAGUGGAGGAGACUAUUGAUAUUGUUAGGGAGGAGAUGAAUCUGUUGGUGAAAGCAGAUCAACCUGGUAACCAGUUGGAUGAUUACAUUUCAAAAUUGAACGCUAUUCUUUCACAGAAGGCUGCUGGAAUUGUAAAUCUGCAGGCUCGUCUGGCUCGGUUUCAGAGGCAUCUGAAUAAGCACAAUGUUCUGCUUCCUUCUCCAGGGCCAUGAUUUAAAAUCUUUAGACGCUUACCACAGUUGGGCAUAAUUAUAUAUAUCGAUGAAGAUCUAUGGUGCUAAAUCAGCCCCCAUUCGACCAGGUUGCUAUCUCUCUAGGCGAUGGCAAGAAUGGCUGUUUGUUUCUGUGUCAUCCCGUUGUAUCGGAAAAGCUAUAACAGGAUCCACGGUUCUUAGUCACUCAAAUAUCGAUAGGUAUUUUGCCUGUAAAUCUUUACCUUUGACCCCUUCAUAGAUUGCUGAUUAUUUGUUGACAUAAAAGCUUGUGUUAUUUUCCUUUUUUCCCUUCAAUAUAUCUAUAUUGCUUUUUGAGGUCUUCA